AUGGCGCCCACCGCCUUCUGGGCCGCGCUGGCGGUCGGUCUGCAGUUCUGGGCCGCGGGCCGCGCCGUGCCCGCCCAGGCUGGGUUUACCCCCUACAUCCCGGAGCCCGGAAGCUCAUGCCGGCAGCAAGAAUUCUACAACCAAAAGAUCCAGAUGUGCUGCAGCAAAUGUCCACCAGGCUACCGUGUACAGUCUUCAUGCAAUACGACCUCAGACACCGUAUGUGCCUCCUGUGAGAGCAGCACAUACACCAAGCUCUGGAACCUGGUCACUGCGUGCUUUAGCUGUAACUCGCGCUGCAGCUCUGACCAGGUGGAAACUCAAGCCUGCACAACGAAACAGAAUCGCAUCUGCACCUGCAAGCCAGGCUGGUACUGCACCCUGGGGAGGCAGGAGGGCUGCCGGCUGUGCGUGGCUCUGCGCAAAUGCGCCCCUGGCUUCGGCGUGGCCAAACCGGGAACUGCAACAACAAAUGUGAUAUGCGCUCCCUGUGGCCCGGGGACGUUCUCAGACACAACAUCACACACGGAUACCUGCAGGCCCCACCGGAACUGUAGUUCCGUGGCCAUUCCUGGUACCACAUCGACAGAUGCAGUCUGCACCCCUGUGCUCCCCACCCGGAAGGUGGCCCGGGGCCCAGCCACCACAAGAUCGCAGCACAAGGAGCCGACUCCAGGGCCCAGCACAGCUCCAAGCACCUUCUUCCUCCUCCCAAAAGUCCCAGGUCCUCCAAGUUCCCCAGUGGAACAGCCCAACACAGGGAACAUCUCUCUUCCCAUUGGACUGAUUGUGGGGGUGACAGCAUUGGGUCUGCUACUGAUAGUUGUCGUGAACUGUGUCAUCAUGACCCAGAAAAAAAAGAAGCCCUUCUGUCUGCAAGGAGACGCCAAGGUGCCUCACCUGCCCGCCAACAAGGCCCAAGGUGCCCCAGGCCCUGAGCAACAGCACCUGCUGACCACGGCGCCAAGCUCCAGCAGCAGCUCCCUGGAGAGCUCGACCAGCACCACGGACAAGAAGGCGCCCAUCAGGUCUCAGCUGCAGGCGCCAGGCGCGGAUAAGGCCAGCAAGACGGGGGAGGCUCGGACCAGCUGCGGCAGCUCAGAGGCAUCCUCUGGUGGCCAUGGGACCCAGGUCAACGUCACCUGCAUCGUCAAUGUUUGCAGCAGCCCUGAUCACAGCUCGCAGUGCCCCUCCCAGGCCGGCUCCACGAGGGACACAGACACCAGCACCCCCAACUCCCCGAGAGAGGAGCAGGUCCCCUUCUCCAAGGAGGAAAGCCCCUUUCAGUCCCAGCCGGGGGCCCCAGAGACUCUGCUGCAGGGCCUGGAGGAGAAACCCCUGCCGCUCGGCGUGCCUGAUGCAGGAAUGAAGCCCAGUUAA